AUUUCUAUUCAAUUCAGUAAAUGGUGUUUAAGGACGGCGUUUUAGAGCAUCAAGAGCUGUGAGGUGUGAUGCUCGACUCUCCGCGGCUGCUAUUAUUCCCGCCCAAAACCCAAACAAAGUAACAAACCAAACCCCUGCAGAGGGUGAAUUACUCUACCGCUGCUAAACCCAUAUUCUGCUAAACAACUUUACCAUUUUCCUUUUGAAAAUCCGAUAAUGGCUUCGGAAGAUGAUACAAGCAUAAGAAAAGUAGAAAUUGAAGAAGAUAUGGAAGGUUCUCAUAUGGAUUCUGGAGAUUACUUCUUCGACAGAAUCGGCAAAUCAAUUCCUAUUGUAAAUGAUCAAUCUAAAUCUCCUCCUCUUUUCGAUUUACAAUCUCCUCCCUCUCGUACCCUCGCCGUCUCUGAGCUCCACCGCCUCAUCUUCCUUGCCCAUCCUUUAGGGUUUUGCGUUGCCAAAACAAAGGACGUUAUGGACGCUGCCGUCCAGAUUGAGGCCAACGGGAGUUCUACUUCUGUACAACAGUUGUGUAUUGUAGAUGUUCCUAUUGGAAAAGUUCACAUUCUUUCUCUCUCUACCGAUUCUUCUACUCUUGCCGUCUGUAUUGCAGCAGAUGUUCAUUUCUUCUCUGUCGAUUCUCUUCUCAACAAAGAGCUAAAGCCGUCUUUCUCUUGUUCAUUGAGCGAGUCAAGUGUUUUUGUCAAGGACAUACAAUGGAGAAGGAGAUCAGAAGCUUCUUAUCUUGUUCUUUCAAAUCAUGGCAAGCUAUAUCGUGGUGCUCUUGGUUCCCCUCUUAAAGAAUUAAUGGAUAACGUAGAUGCUGUUGAAUGGAGUUUAAAGGGAAAGUAUAUUGUUGUGGCAAGAGAGAAUAUUCUCCACAUAUUUUCAUCUAAAUUCAAGGAAAGGCUGCGCAUAUCCUUACCUGUCAAGUCAUGGAUUGGUGAUUCGGAUGACAACUGCCGAGUUAAAGUGGAUUCUAUCAGGUGGGUACUUCCUGACAGCAUUGUUGUUGGAUGCUUUCAACAAACUGCUGAUGGAAGGGAGGAAAAUUACCUUCUUCAAGUAAUCAGAAGCAAAGAUUGCAAAAUUACUGAUGCUUCUUCCAAGCCAUCUGUGUUGUCAUUCUAUGACUCAUUUUAUGGUCUCAUUGAUGACAUUGUUCCCUAUGGAAGUGGGCCUUACUUGUCCUUGAGCUAUUUGGCAUCAUGUGGGCUUGCAAUUACAGCAAACAAGAAGAAUACAGAUGAACAUAUUCAGUUACUUCAGUGGUCGGUAGAAGAUGACAUGAGUGAAAUUGCAAUUGUUGACAUUGAUCGAGAUACUUGGCGUCCUAGGAUUGAACUUCAAGGUGAUUAAACUUGUUCUCUAGCCUAAGACUUUUGGGGACUCUCACAAAUAGUCAAGUAAUAACCUUGUCUUGGGGCUUUUUACGUUAAAGGGCCAAAAUAAUCAUCAUCAGUCGUUAGUAAGACUUUGAGUGAAUUUUUUGGUAGAGGACAGAACUGAGAGAAGAAAAGGAUUUUACUCUUCUAAUUCUUGUAUAUCUAUAGCCUCUAUACAAUCUCUUUAUAUAUACAAAGAUGUUUCCUGUAUUAGGAAACAAUCUAAAUAGGAAAUCAACCUAAAUUAGGAAAUGAAAUAUUCUUCAUAAUUACAAAGAUUUCAACACUCCCUCAAGUUGGUGUAUAGAUAUUACACAUGCCCAACUUGUGAACUAAAGUGUAGAUUUAAUGUGGAAAAAUAUUUUCUUCUCUUUGAUUCA